AGGAAAGGGUGUGUAUUGUAGGUAAAAUGAAACUAGGAUACUCUAGUAACACAUAUGAUGGUCAGAAUAACACCAUAGACAGCCAGUCAGAGACGUGUAAGGGAUCAGAACUUCACCAAGAUUACGUCAGGCAACACCACAGAUUACACCAGCCACCAGCCGAGAUUACGUCAGUCACCACCCCAGAUUACGCCAGUCAUCAGCCAAGAGCGUCACUCAGCACCAUCAUACCAUGACUGACUUCACUUCCCGCUCACCACUCUGCACUUCUACACAGAAUUCUCCUGAAGCCAUCAUGAAGUACCUCAAAUGUUCCAUUUGUAUGGAUGUCCUGAAGGAGCCUGUCACUACCAACUGUGGUCACACCUUCUGCAAGCCCUGCCUCAAUCGCCACAUGAGCACUAAUAACCGAGUCUGUCCAUUAUGUAAGAGUCAGCUGCCUGAAUUAAAGGUGAAUAUUGUCUUAAAAGAAAUCCUAAAGGAGAUCCAAAAACCCAUGGCACGAAGUCCAGAUGAGUUUACUGGACGACCGGGGGAGGUUCCCUGCGACGUCUGCAAUGAGGAUCUCAAGUAUAAAGCAGUAAAAUCCUGUUUGUUAUGUUUGCUGUCGUUUUGUAAAACACAUCUUAAGGGACAUACCAAUUUGCAUGCCAAAGGGCAUAAGAUGGUAGUACCAAUGAAUGACCUGAACCAAUGGGCAUGCUCUGUCCACGGCAUGCCUCUAGAGCUCUAUUUGGUCAGCGAGGGGAAGUUAAUCUGCAGUCGCUGUGUGCAAGGAGGAACAAAUGUGGUGUCUGUGGAAGAAGAAAGAGACAGAAAGAAGGCAGAGCUGGAGACUGUUAUAAACAGGAUUGAACAGGGAAGACAGCAGAGAAUGGAGAACGCGAAGAAGUUGGACAAGUCUGCAUCAAACUGCUUAAACCUAAUUGACCAGGAAACAAAGGAAAUUAAAAAAGUUUUCAGUGCCAUAAAGAAGGCAAUACAGAAGGCAGAGGAUAAGGCACUAAUGCCUUUAGAAGACCGAAAGAAGCAAGUGGAGCAGAGUGCAAUUGACCUGCAAUGUUAUUUGACUGAAAAUAUCAACGCUUUGAGAAAAACCAUCUCAGACCUACAAACACUGAGAAAUGAAGAAGACCCUGUUUUCUUUCUACAGCGUUAUCCCUCCACUACUGCUGUAGAUGAUGGCAGUGACUGGACUUCUGUUUCCUUGGAUACUGAUUUGAGCUUUGGCACAAUAAGGAGCUCAAUGGUGACCAUGAUGGACGAUAUUAAGGACGAGUUUGAAAAACUCUCCAGAAUUGAAAUUUCGAGGAUUAAGAAAUUUGGAGUGAACGUGACUCUGGAUCCCGACACAGCUAACAGGAAGCUCCAAAUUUCUCACAACAUGAUGCAGGUGCAAAGCUCUGAGGAGGAAAGGGAUGCACCCGAUUGCCCUGAGAGGUUCAAUACAUUCGGCAGCGUUUUGGGACAGAACCGGCUGACUGACUGCAGGGCAUUCUGGGUAGUAAAGGUUGAAAACAAACAAGGUUGGGAUAUUGGGGUGGCAAGAGAGGAGGCCAACAGGAAAGGGUUACUCUCCAUCAAACCAAGCAAAGGAUACUGGGUCAUUGUGCAUUAUAACGGCGACAGUUACGUAGCUCUGGAAGACAUUCCCAUUGUGCUGUCUCUUUCAAAUACACCCUGUAAAGUAGGAGUGUUCGUUGAUUAUAGCGAGAAGUUGGUCUCCUUUUAUAAUAUGGAAGCAGAAACUCAUAUUUACUCAUUUACUGACUGUGCGUUCGGAGAAGUAAUUAGACCUUACUUUAGCCCUCACAGUAACCAGGAGGAGCCGUUGGUUAUUUGUCCUGUAAAUCCCCAAAAUAAUAUCCUGAUUUAAUGGGGAAGGUGAUUUUUUGAGCAACUAUGAACUGCAAAAGCUAUCAUGUACCAUCAAUUUCAGAAUGAACUUUAAUUUCAUGUAAUAUUGUGAUUGUCCUGCCAUUAUUUAAACUUAAAUGCAAUCCAUCUGGAGUUCUAAGAUUUUAGAUUUUUUGACCUUUUCCUUAUUUUUUAUUGUAAAUUUGCAAAUAUGUAGCAGUGGAUCCCGAAUGUUUGCUGUUUUGUUAAGCAAUUGUAAAAAAAAAAAAUUUUAAAUAUUAAAUAAUUAAAAUUUAAAGCACAUUUAUUUGUAUAAAUCCAAAAGAGUGCAAGUUGCUACUAAACAGAAUGUUUUUUUCUUGGAAAUAUUUGUUCUAUAUUAAAUAUUUUUUAUUUAGGCUUCA